AAGAAAAAUAUCGAAAUUUUUUACAAUACAAUGAACUGGUCAUUUUCCAUUCCCUCUUUUUCUACUAUAAUCCCAUACCUAAUCUCCUUCUUUGUUAUUAUAAUUUUUCUUGAACAACUUUCUUAUUUCAUCAAGAAACGCUCCGCUUCCGGUCCGUUUCUUGUUCUACCACUACUCGGCAAUACAAUUCCAUGCUUUAGAAACCCAACCAAAUUCUGGGAGCUUCAGUCUGAUUAUGCUCGUCGCUUCGGCUUCUCCGUAAAUUACUUACUCGGCGUGUUUGUCGUCUUUAUUCGCGACACUGAACUCUCACAUCUUAUUUUUGCCAAUGUACGACCUGAUGCUUUUAUGUUCGCCGGUUAUCCGUUUGCGAAAAAAUUAUUUGGUGAACAUAAUCUUAUUUAUUUGUUUGGCGACGAUCAUAAAGAUCUUCGUCGCCGAAUUACUCCUAAUUUUACUCACAGAGCUCUCUCUAGCUACUUUUCUCCCCAGCAGAAGACAAUGCUCAAACAUUUCAAGAAAUGGGCAGCGAUCGGUGCAGAGAAUCCAAAGAAGCCGAUUGUUCUUCGUUUGUUGAUUCGCGAUAUGAAUCUUGAAACUUCGCAAAUGGUUUUCGUGGGUCCGUAUUUGACUCAAAAAAUGCGCGAAAGGUUCAUGAUUGACUAUAACGAGUUCAACAAUGGAACCCUAGCGCUUCCUAUUGAUCUCCCUGGUUUCGCGUUUCGUCGGGCGAGAGUAGCUCAUGGUCGUCUUGUCGAAACGUUGUCUGAAUGUGCAAGACAAAGUAAGACCAGAAUGGAGAAAAAGGAAGAGCCGUUAUGUAUGGUUGAUUUCUGGAUGCAAGAAACCAUUCAAGAAAUCUCCGCCGCGGAAUCCGCCGGUAAACCUGCUUCGCCGCAUACUAGCGAUGCUGUGAUCGGCACCCACUUGUUUGACUUCCUCUUUGCCGCCCAAGACGGUUCCACUUCCUCACUUCUUUGGGCUAUAACGCAGCUCGCAUCGCACCCAGACGUUUUAUCUAAGGUUAGAGAAGAAGUUUCCGCCGUAUGGUCACCGGAUUCCAGUGAGAUCAUAACUCCAGAACUGAUCAAGGAAAUGAAUUACACGCAGGCGGUGGCGCGUGAGGUUCUCAGGUAUCGAACGCCGGCGACUUUAGUGCCCCACGAGGCCCUUAGAGAUUUUCAGUUGACGGAUACAUAUAAAAUUCCAAAAGGAAGUAUUGUGUUUCCAUCGGUUUAUGACAGUUCAUUUCAAGGCUUUACUGAACCGGAACGGUUCGACCCAGAGCGGUUCAUGAAAGAGCGGCAAGAAGAUCAAGUAUUUAAAAGGAACUUUUUGGUUUUUGGGACUGGGACCCAUCAGUGUGUGGGCCAGAGAUAUGCACUGAAUCAUUUGGUGUUGUUCAUUGCUAUGUUCUCUAUGACCGUUGAUUUCCAGAGGCAUCGAACGGAUGGUUGUGAUGAAAUUGUGUAUAAUCCCACAAUUUGCCCCAAAGAUGGCUGCACUGGAUUCAUCUCUGGCCGUUGAUUAUAAAAAAAUUGUGUAUGAUAUUUGUAUUUAUAAUUACAGAAUACAUUAUAUCUCAGUUCUAUUAUGUACUUCGAUUGUAAUUAUUUUUGAGUAGGGAUGUAAGUAAACCUAGUCGAGUUUUAAUGUGUUUAUACUCAGCUCGUUAUAUGAUAAAGCAUUCAUGGUUCA